AUGGUCGGUCACGGCUUGACGGGAGUGCUUGGGGAAGAUGGAAUUCAUGUUGACAUGAACCACUUGAAGACGGGAGAGGUCAACCUAGGAACUUCGAUCAUGGCGAUCAACUUCAAGGAUGGCGUCAUUUUGGGUGCCGACAGUCGAACAACCACCGGAGCAUACAUUGCCAACCGAGUCACCGAUAAACUGACACAGGUCCACGAUACCAUCUGGUGCUGCCGGUCCGGCUCGGCUGCAGACACUCAGGCCGUUGCAGACAUCGUCUCCUACCAUCUCAACAUGUACGGCAUUGCCAACAAUGAGCCUCCUUCUACCCAAGUUGCCGCCGCUCUGUUCCAGGAGCUGUGCUAUGAGAACAAGGAUAUGUUGAGCGCCGGUAUCAUUAUCGCUGGGUACGAUCCGCGACACGGAGGUCAGGUGUACUCGAUACCUUUGGGAGGAUCCCUACACAAGCAGCCCUUCUCGAUCGGAGGAUCUGGAUCGACCUAUAUCUACGGUUACUGUGAUGCUAACUGGAAGGAGAACAUGUCCGAGGAAGAAGGUAUCCAGUUCGUCAGGGGCGCACUGCAGGAAGCGAUCAAGUGGGAUGGCAGUUCGGGUGGUGUCAUCCGUUUGGUGGUCCUGACAUCCAAGGGAGCCGAAAGACAUCUCUACCUGCCCGAUACAGGUUACACUGGACCCGGUGUGACCAACAAGUCAUGA